AUGAACAGUUCCAUUAUUUGUCUUACUGCAGUUGUUAUUGUCCUUCUAUCACUAUCAUCGGCUAAAGCUGAGAUUCCGACAUGCCUUCAAGAAAUGAUUCAUCCCAUCCCAGAUGGACCUGUAUGGUAUCAAUUUACUCGAAUUGACAAGUAUUUGUAUCGCGGCAAAAUGACCUAUCUGGCGACUAGCAACUGUUGUGAUCGAAUGAAUCCUCUUUACGACGAAGAAUGCACUUAUAUUUGUGCUCCUUCUGGUGGUUUUACAGGUCGUGGUGAUGGUAAAUGCACGGAUUUCAGUAAAACGGCAAAGCCAUUAGGUAUCGCCUGGGUGGCUCUACCCGGAUUUACUUGUGAAUCACAAACAAAUAAAUUUUUAUCAAUUAUUACUCUCCAGAAUGGAAAAGAAGAUUGUCAGCAUGGUGAAGAUGAAUGGGAUGAAUAUCAACGUCAUCUUUCCAAGGGAAAUAUACCAUUGGCACUUGUUUGCGAUGGUGAAAAUGAUUUGAAGUGGACAAAUAUAUCGAAUGAAACCGAUGAAACUCAUUGUGAAUGGUGGCCAUGUAAUAAUCCAUAUUUUGAAUGUGAUAAUCGUUGGUAUUGUUUGAAUGGUAUUGAUGAGCUCAAUUGUUCUAGAACACAAUGUUCUUUGCACGAACACAUGUGUAAAGCUGCGUUUGGAGAUGAGCAUUAUUACAUACCAGUAUUUCAUUUAAUCGAAUCAUAUUCAAAUUGGACUUCGCCUUUUUUCUAUCGUAAAAUUUAUCUUAAUAAUGGUUAUUCUGGUUUACAAUGUAAUAUUGAAGAAAAUUGUUCUUGCUCCUUGGAUUCAUUUUGUUAUAGUUCAUCUAUUUGUGUUUGUUCCAUGAACAAAUACGGUCCAAACUGCUAUUUGAAACAUGCAAUUUGUCAAUCAUUAAAUAAUCCAUGUGAAAAUAAUGGACUUUGUGUACUUGUUGAUGAUCGUAUAAGUAUUAACAAGUUUACAUGUCUUUGUAAGAAAAGUUUUUAUGGAAGUAGAUGUGAAAAUAUUAAAAACAGAAUUUAUAUUAAAUUUAAUGAAACAAUUAGUCGAACGACAGCUGUAUUUAUACAUUAUAUCAUUGCAUUUGAAAAUGCCAACCAUCAACGUAUAACAACAUUGAGAAAAAUCAACUAUGAUGAAAAUGCAGUUACACUCUUUGUCACUCAUCCAUUUCAUAUUAUCAUAGGUGAAUUAUUUAAUCAUACUUAUUAUUUGCUUAUAUUAAGAGAAAGAUUUAUUGAAUCAGAAUAUAUUCAAACUGAAUUAAUAUCAAAUCAACGCUGUAUUUCUAUAGAUGAAUUAUUGAACACAACUUUUCGUUCUUAUCCUCGUCUUCAUCAUAUCAAAUAUUAUCCUCUUCUUUGUCGACAAGAUCAAUAA